ACUUGUUUCACGCAAGUAUCGGUAUGGCCUAGAGUUAUUGACUUUGGGGAAAUCGAUGUUUGCAUGGUAUCAGAAGUGAAGAAAAUUACCAUUACAAAUUCGGGAACUAAACAAGCUACUUACUCCACUGAUCUUGGCAGAAAUCCGUUACAAAUCAUUGUCAAGCCAAUGAAAGGAACAGUUCAGCCUGGAGAAUCAAAGCAAAUAGCAGUAGAGGUAUUCGGUACUUGCGAAGGAGAAUUCAAUCAAGAAUUUUGGAUCAAAACUGAGCCCCUUCAAAGGGUUCACAUUCAGGGACAUUUCAUUGAGCCAGGAUUGAAAGUGGACUAUCCAUUAGCCAACCGAAAUAUUUUAGUUCUCACUUUUCCCAAAACUUUCGUUGGGGUGCAACAGGAUCGAAAUGUUGUCAUUAAGAAUUACAGCUCUACUUCCACAGUAUUUUGUGUAAUUGGUAUCACUAGAGACGACGAACACCUUCCAUUUAAUGAUCUUUCUGGAAAAGAUAUAAACUUUAAACAGUUUGCCAUCCAUCCAGUGGAAGGCCGAUUACAUAAGGAUCAAAAAUAUAUUAUGACAAUUACCUACAGCCCCCAAAAAGCUGAAAAUAAACCCAAUUUUCAUAUCUGUCGAGUAAUUGUAGCAGUUAUGAAGUGCAGAGCUGAUGGUAAUCCGUGCAGAGUUCAAAGGCGUCUGCUAUACGAGAGUGGAAGUGCCGCUCAAGGUGCAUAUGUAUCAGAUAGUGUUUCUGUAUCUUCCAUUGUUACAAAUGCAACAGACAAGCCGCAGGAAAUUACGCUUAUUCCGAAUGAUAGUGUGAACAUUUUACUUUAUGGAGAAGUUGAACUGCCAAAAGUAUCAAUUCGCCCUGAAAAGUUCUACUUAAAGGAUUUAAAAGUGUACGAAACCCAUGAAGAAAUUUUAGAAAUUUUUAAUAACUCCAAAACACUCCCUUUGGUGAUGAAGUACAAGAAGGCUCCCAGUGUUGAACUAGAGCCGAAAACUAUCUAUUUGCCUCCCAGAGAACCGGUAGAAGUUUCUCUGAAGGUCAGGCCUACCAAAAUGGGCGAUGCAUUAGCAAAAGUGAAACUAGAAGUUUUCUUCCAACAAGGAAAUAAUUUGGUGAAAGUUAAAACCAUUCACUUCGACAUUGUAUAUUCGGGAGAUUAUACGGAAGAUCGCAUGAUGCUUAGGAGGAAAAAGCCCUAUUUCCUACCGGGAAUAACUCCAGUGAACCAUAAUGAGGUUGGUUAUUUGGUGGAUGAUGUAAAAUUUAGUUCAAAAAUCGACAAACCCAAUGUUGCAAUGUUGGACGCGGCACAUCUGGAUUGCAACAAACAUAACGAUGCUCUAAUAGCAUUUCCUAAUGAUAAGCCAAGAGUCUUGAAACCGUGGAGGAAUACUGUACCGUAAGUAGUACGCCCCAUCCAUGG